GCUCGGACCGGGGUGCUUUCGCGCUGCUCCAUACAGCUGUUGAUUGCGUGCGGCGAAGGAACUUCCAUGCUUUAACAACUUAUAGCGCCUUUAUCUCACCACAGAAGCAACUACAAUGCCACUGCAAACUACGGUAUGGCGACAGCUGGGCCGGCCUGUCAGUGACCUGAUCGGAAGAAGAGGCGCCAGCAGCAGCCGCGACAAACCGAAAAGAGUCGUCGUCACGGGUCUGGGCAUGGUCACUCCCCUGGGAGCCGACGCCAAGACAUCGUGGAGCCGGCUUACGCAGUCCCACAGCGGCAUAGUUCGACUGGGAAAAGAGUACGAUGGCAUUCCUUCCAGGAUUGCGGGCCGCGUUCCGACCAAUGCCUCUCAGAGCCCGUCUCCGUUUGACGUUCAUAAGUUCGUCUCCAAGUCGGAUCUUCGGAGUACCUCGCUGGCAACUGCGUUCGCCCUCUCCGCAACUAAAGAAGCUCUAGACGAUGCCCAGUGGCACCCCGAUUCGGAAGGUGACUGCAGGGCAACGGGGGUAGCGAUCGGCAACUGCAUGUGCGACCUGGAAUACGUUGUCGACUGCGGAAUAGCAUUUAGAGAGAAAGGCUACAGUAAAAUUAGCCCGUUUUUCAUUCCGAGGAUCCUCACGAACAUGCAGUCCGGGAUAGUCAGCAUUCAGCACAAGUUGAAAGGGCCCAAUCACUCGGUUGCGACGGCGUGCACUACAGGUGUACACGCGAUUGGCGACGCGUUUAGCUUUAUACAACGUGGCUACGCGGAUGUCAUGGUCUGCGGCGGCGCGGAGGCUAGCGUAAAUCCCAUUGGCGUUGCAGCCUUUGCGCGGAUGCGAGCUCUAAGCACAGCCGAGGACCCUGCUAAAGCGUCCAGGCCUUUCGACAAGAACAGGGACGGCUUCGUAGUAGCCGAAGGGUCUAGCAUUCUCGUUUUGGAAAGUCUGGAACACGCGAUUGCUCGUGGAGCGAACAUCCACGCCGUUCUAGGUUACGGACUCUCUGGAGAUGUUCACAUCACGGCAGCCUCCACUGACGGCGAGGGUGCACUCGCCUGCAUGGAGUCUGCGCUGCAGAACGCCUGCGUUGGCGUCCAAGAUGUUGGUUACGUGAACGCUCAUGCCACGUCGACGCCGGUCGGGGAUGCCGCUGAAGCUGCAGCGAUUCGACGAAUAUUAGGCGACUAUUGUAGCAAAGUUGCUGUGUCGGCGACCAAAGGAUCGACGGGGCACCUCUUGGGAGCUGCUGGUGCCACGGAAAGCGCUUUCACGGUACUCGCUGUUCGCGAUGUCAUUCCACCGACGCUAAACCUCGACUGUCCGGAUGUGGGCGCCGAUCUCAACUUCGUGGCCCAUCAGUCAAGGCCGUGGACUACUGAGAACGCGGCUAGAAGAGUUGCAAUCAAGAACUCGUUUGGGUUCGGGGGCACGAAUGGUUCGCUUGUUAUAGCAGAGUACAGAAAAUAGAACUCGUUUUUUUUCCUUA